AUGGAGCACGCACGGCCGGUUCGUCCCCUCAAAAGAUGCUCUUUACGUAGGUACAGUACCAAGCCGUGCCAGCCCAGCCCCAGGCACUCCAGCUGGAGCCAACGAAUCGUCCCAUACAGGUAGGUAAUACAGGUACGGUACCCUGCCACCACUGCCUAACGAUCCAUCUCAUUCACCAUACCUAGCUUGAAUAAGUCCAGACUUUCGUUUCUCCCCUUUUCUGCUUCCUCCGCGUUUCCAUCUCCAUCAAUCCACCCAUCAUCAACCCCUUUUCCAAAGCAAAUCGCAACCAUGGUAGGAGCGGCAGAAACACACUCUUUCGACCUCCCCGGCGGACGCUCAGUCUCCUGGUCAGAAUACGGCACCAAAAACAGUCCUCAUCCACCCGUCAUCUUCCUCCACUCCUCGCCCUCCUCGCGCUAUGAAGGAGAGGCCCUUCACGCAUCAGCGCUCUCUCUAAACCUCCGAGUUAUCUCCCCCGACCGUCCAGGCAUCGGAUUAUCCUCCCUAGAUCCAAAUCGAACAUUCCUCACCUACCCCGCCGAUAUCCUCGCCCUAACUCACCAUCUCCAUGUCGAGCGAUUCAGAAUGUUGAGUUUGAGCGGUGGUGCACCAUAUCUUCUGGCUUGCAUGCGGAGGAUACCGAGGGAGGUACUACUGGGCGGCCAUGUUGUUAGUGGGGUCUGGCCAAUGGAUUUAGGGACUGAGGGUAUGGAUUGGAUGAGGAGAGGACUGAUGUUCGUGGCUCAUUUUGCGCCUACAUUUGUUGGAUCGAUGAUGAAUUACCAGAUUGGUGCUGCUGCGCGGGACUCAGAUACUUCCAAACUCGAGGCUUCGAUCACCGCACAGGCGAACAAUUGGCCAAAGCCAGACCAAGAGGCGUGGAAGAGUGGGAAGGUGAAGAAAUACAUGAUGCAAGGGUUACGGGAAGCUUUCAGAGAUGGAGGAACUGGCGUAGGAUUGGAGAUGGGACUUUAUGCUAAGGAUUGGGGAUUUGACUUGGAGAGUGUUGAUACGAGGGGAUUGAAAAUUUGGCAUGGAAAGUUGGAUACUACUUGUCCGUUUGAUCAGGCGGAGAAAGCGGUGGAUUGCUUACAAGGCGCGAGAUCGUUUUACUACGAUGAUAUGGCGCAUAUGGUGAUUGCAUAUCACGCGGAAGAUAUUUUGAGGGAGAUGGUACCGGUCGGGGGCGAGCAGUUUCCUACCACGCCUGUGAAGUCUCCCGUGGAUAUCAGAAUUGCGCCUCCUACUCCUACGCCUGUCCCUGCGACGAUCGCACCAGCGGCAGUUCCUGAAGCGAUUCCUGAUGUGCCAGCUGUAGUUCCGGAACAGGCGAAAGCGGAGGAAGCUGCUGCGGCUUGA